UGUCUUCAGACUUCAGACUUAUGGCAUUUGUCAGUGAGUCAACAUUUUGAUUUUCAGUUGUGUUACGAUUUUUUACUUUCAAGAUUCAACUUAGCUUUUCUUGAAAACAUAACCAUGGCUUAUUUAACUCAACUGGACUAUGUGAAAUAUGUUUGCUCUUGCGGGCAGUUGAAACCAAUAACAAAUCUAUAUUUUUGCCGGCAUUGCUUGAAAAUACGAUGCGGAUUCUGCAUUUGUCACGAAGUUGAUUCCCACUACUGUGCCAAUUGUCUGGAAAAUAUGCCAUCAUCUGAAGCAAGGCUCAAAAAGAACCGAUGUAGCAGCUGUUUCGACUGCCCCAGCUGUUUCCACACACUCUCGACGCGAGCAACCUUCGCACAGCCGCGGCAGGACCCUGCUGCUGGAGAUGCAAAGGUGGAGAACAAACAGGCAAAGAAGAUGUAUUAUCUGUCGUGUUUCAAUUGUCGCUGGACGUCACGUGAUGUUGGCAUCCCCGAUCAACCUGUUGCUUCCGGAGGGUGGCCAGAAAGAACCAACCCAUACACAGCUCGCAUCAACCAGCUACUGGACUACUACAAGGCAAUAGCUCAGCAGGAGAAACAGGAGAAGUUGGACAGAGAGCGGAAAAAGUUUGCCAUCAGAGGAAAAUAUAUUACUCUUACUGACAAAACAGGUUUAACCGGUGCGAUGGCACGCAAUAUAGCUGGCCUGCCUUCCAGCGAGAGUUCAUCAUCUGCCAUCGCCAACUUCGUGCCCAGUGUGGCCAGCGCAGAGGUUGAGGAGCUGCCUGAAGACUACCAUUUGAGGGAGGUCAACUUAAAGCAGGUGAGCACGAUGGCGCAGCGGCUGGCGGCGCCGGAGUGGCAGCCCGGCGACGUGGCGCGCCUGCAGCCCGUGGCGCGCCCGCUCAGCGUAAAGCGCAGCCAGCGCUGCCGCGACUGCGACCACAACCUCACCAAGCCCGAGUACAACCCCGGCUCCAUCAAGUUCAAGAUCGAGCUGCUGGCCUUCUACCACGUGCCGGAAGUAAAGAUAAUCUCCCACGAGAGCGUGAAGGCCGGCCAGGUGGCGGACCUGCUGUUGAAGGUCACCAACCCCACGGCGCACGAGAUGACGUUGCGCAUCCUGCGACCCGCCGACAGCGCCGAGGAGGUGCCCGCACCGCCGGAGGACCAGGAGCCGAGGAGCAUAGAGAAGUCAUUGGAAAAAUCUCUCAAUCUGGAAAAGGACACGUCGUGGAGCAAAGUUAUUGAACGGAAGCCGGAAAUGCCGACAGUGAGUCAGAUUUGUGUCCCGGAAGUUACUUUGACGCUUGCGCAGAGAGAUGACGCCGCGGAGUAUGACGAUGAUCCGCAACAUGAAACUAGCGACAUCAUCUUGUGGAGGAAGUCGAACAAGCUCGCACUGCGGUUGAAAGUAACCACAGAUCCAACAGCAGAAGUGGGAAAACCGGCUCAAGUGGCAUUUCGUCUGCAAUACUCGUACAGGAACACAGUACCCCCCUCGGCGCAGUCGGUUCAGCACAGAGACCACACCUUGAACACCACUGUGAUACUCGAUCUCGGCAGUGUUUGUGAAUAGAAGCUUUCUUUUCUUUUUCACAAAAUCUGCAACUGCUAUAAACAAAUGUCACCUCAGAAGAUUGGUUAAAUGAUUAUAAUUUAAAUGUACUAUCAAUCAAAAGCCUAUAACAGUCCA